CUUCUGGUGCUUUCUAUGAAAUUUUCUCAAGCAAUUAACUUCUUGCAGAACCGGCUGCUUGCAAUGAACUAUAUAAAUGAGGGCUCUGAUGAUAAGCUUUUUGAGGCUCACAGGGAAUGGGGAAUGCGAUUUAUGAAGCUAUACCCUCAAUAUACCAGUUGGGAUAAUCCUAAAGAUAUGGAACGCCCAUUAGUAAUUGGAUAUGUGUCACCUGAUUAUAUUACUCACUCUGUAUCAUAUUUCAUUGAAGCACCUCUCUUUUUCCAUGAUUACACAAAUUACAAGGUGAUUGUGUACUCUGGUGUUGUAAAGGCAGAUGCCAAAACCCAUAAAUUCAAGGACAGGGUGCUGAAAAAAGGAGGGCUAUGGAGGGAUAUAUAUGGGAUUGAUGAGAAGAAGGUUGCUAGCAUGGUUAGGGAGGAUAAAGUUGACAUACUGGUGGAGCUUACUGGUCACACUGCAAAUAACAAGCUAGGGAUGAUGGCCUGCAGGCCUGCUCCCAUCCAGGCAACAUGGAUUGGUUACCCAAAUACAACCGGUCUGCCAACAAUUGAUUAUAGAAUCACAGAUGCACUGGCUGAUCCCCUUGACACAAAGCAGAAGCAUGUUGAGGAGUUGGUUCGUUUGCCUAAAUGUUUUCUCUGUUAUACGCCUUCGCCGGAUGCUGGUCCUGUUUGUCCCACACCAGCUCUUUCUAAUGGUUUUAUUACUUUUGGGAGCUUCAAUAAUUUGGCAAAGAUAACGCCAAAAGUAUUAAAAGUUUGGGCAAGGAUAUUAUGUGCUGUUCCUAACUCCCGGCUUGUUGUCAAGUGUAAGCCUUUCUGUUCUGAUAGUGUAAGACAGAGAUUUCUUUCAAUUUUGGAGCAAUUAGGACUGGAGCCGCUACGUGUUGAUCUUCUGCCUCUAAUUCUUCUCAACCAUGACCAUAUGCAAGCAUAUUCACUAAUGGAUAUCAGGUAGAUAGCUGAAUCUUUUUUUUUUGUCCCCAUCAACUGUC